AUGGCCGAGGAAGAUGAUUAUAGAAAGGACCAUGUAUCAUUGAUGAACCCUCAAGUUUUACUUAUGUCAGCUGGUCUAACGACAGUAGCAUUUGUAUCUCAUCGAUUGUUUAAACGGUAUGUCCAAAGAAUACCAUCAUACCUUAAUAUUACACCCGAGAUCUUGGAUAGACAAAGAAAGCUCUACGGGAAAGUUACAAGGGUAGGAGAUGGAGAUAAUUUCAGGUUUUACCAUACACCUGGAGGAGUUCUUCUAGGGUGGGGUUGGAUAAGGAAAGUUCCAACAAAUAGAUCGGAUCUUAAAGAUGAAACAUUGAUGAUCAGAUUGUGUGGAGUUGAUGCUCCGGAAAGGGCACAUUUUGGUAAGCCAUCUCAGCCAUUCAGUGAAGAGGCAAUGGCGUGGUUGAAGAAUUAUCUUUUAGGCAGAAGCGUCACUAUUACACCUUACUCAAUUGACCAGUAUAAACGUGUGGUUGCACGGGCACAAGUUUGGAAGUGGAAUGGGAAGAGAGAUGUCAGUGCUGAAAUGCUAAAGAAGGGUCUUGGAGUAGUAUACGAGGGUAAGUUGGAUGCCGAGUUCGGCGACAAUGAGGGUUGGUACAGAAGGCUAGAAGAAAGAGCUAAGUUUCUUCGAAGAGGUCUCUGGUCUUUACGUAAAAAUUUGGUGACUCCUGGUGAGUUUAAGAAAAUGAACAGUAACUGA